AUGGGCGCCUUUGCUUUGUGUGUGGAGAGCGCGGCACGCGACAUUCGAUCGCUGCUCACGCUGCAUCGCGUGCAUCCGCAGGUGCACAGCGACAUUCAGCGCAUUCUUGGGAGCCUUCUCCGAAAAAACUAUGAGAACAUGACGGCGCCCGUACCGAUGGACCUGAUCGAUCCCCCGGAGCAGGUGUGCCGGGAGCUGGUAAAUGACAUUGUGGAGAACGCCUUCAAGACAGCGCUGCCGGCGUCUGAUAUGCGUGCCCUGGAGCACCGUUGUGUCGAGCUACAGCAGGACAAUGCCGAGUUGAAGGCUGCUGUCGAGGAAGCGGACGAAAGCGUCAUGGAGUUGCGGGCAGUGCUGUCGGAUCUCAAGAAGGCACACGAAUACAUGCUUCAUAGCUACUUUAGGGAGGUCCUAAUGCUGCGCUCCCGCAUCGACGAUCUUCAGCGACAGCUUCGCACUCGCCGACUGCACACCACGAAUCUCGCGCCUCUUGUCAGUGGCAGUGUUUCACAGUUUAUCCCCACAACAGAGUCACCCUUGCAGCACUUCCUCGUCAACACAAGCGUAGCCACUGGGCAGGGCGAGCCGACGAGCCGGUCGUCGACGUCACCACUCGGGACACCGCUGCCGCCGAGCAUGUCAUCGGACGAGGAAUCAGAAGCGGAUGAUGGCCCCGUGCGUCGGCUGCUCUCAAAUCACAUCAGCUAUCAUGGAGAAGGGCGUUGCGCUGACGUGCAAGCGCAAGCAAGACCGCACGCGCUGGGGGCGGCUACAGUCGGCGCUGCACCGGCAGCACCACCCGAUGCAAAGGGGUGGUCCGCGACGCCUCACCCGAAGUACAAAGGCUACAGUGUUCGCAUCAACGUCCCGAUAAGCACUGCUGCUCGCGCGCGGACGCCGGGGUCAGCGCGCAGCGCUACCGCACAGAAGACGACAACGUUUGAGGUGUGGAGCACGGAGCCCGAUAGCGUUGACGCGAUCUUUGAUUACGAAGAGUACCUCCGCAUCCUCAACGGCGCGGAUGCCACCUGGAUGCAGCGCUUCACGGAUGCGAUGGAUGGCUGGGAGCGCGGGAGUCCGCGGCAUCGUCGCCACUCGCUGAGUUUGCGCGCUUGCACCAAAUCAAAGGUGAGCUUCCUCUCCGGCAGCCUAGCCUCGAACCCCGACGACCCCUUGUCGUCUGCGACGCUUUCGAACGAGAGGGUGAACGCCAACGGGUUCCGCUGGUUGCUGCACCUCGCCCUGGAGCCGAUCAAGCACAAGUUUCACAUGGAGCUGGACCAGCUGCGGGAGGCGGUUCAAGCAAUGCAGCAGGAGCACGCAGACCAGGUGCAGCGGAUUGAGUGCGCACUCUUGACCGUGCAGAGCCGCAACGAUGCAUUACUCGACUUCAUCAACACGUUUGCGCAGCAGGCUCGGCAAACGCUGUUGGUGGUGGCUCGUGACGUGCAGGCGCGGAACAUGGUGGAGCUCCUGUCCAGUGGUGCGCUGCCGGUUGCAGCGGCUGAGACGGUCGCGUCCUUUUUCACUCCCGCCGCAUCAGCGGCGACGCCACAUGUGCGGCCGUCUCUAUCCUCGGCGACCGCCUCGCCGCUACCCCACCCAGAGUCGGCUCAGGUGCCAUCGGCGUCGCACUUGCUUCGCAACAAGGAGUGGCGCCUGAAGCCAGGCGUGGUGCUUGAGGCGCAGGAGCAGGCGUCAAUGAUGACCGCCAUGAAUCACCGGCUUGGAAAGGCCAGCUCGGUGGAGGUGACGCGCAGCAUGCCGCAUGCCCCUACGAAUGCUGCCGAGGAGGUGAACUACUACCGCGCCGACCUCGGUCUUCCCUACUGGUGCUCGCACCCGGUCACCGUACACGCACGAAAAAUGUUUGGCGAGGUGCAAGAGAUCGCCGCUUCGAUUCGCGCAACGCGGGCGAUGCAUUUCCUUGCAUCCAAGGAGAGCGCUGCCGGUGGCGGGCGUCGGGUGCGGUGGAAGGUCCGAGGCACCGCAGACUCCAGCCGACACGAUGACGGCGACCACCGUGGCUGCAACUCCCCGCCUCCGCUGUUAAAGGGCCGCGACAGCUCGUCCUUCUACUAUUUCCGCGACUGCGACGCGGACGACGACAGUACGCUGCGGCACUUGGUAGCGCAUCGCCGGCAGCGGGAAGAGUGGCUCACGGCGUCCGUCAGUGGGGCGGACGGGCAAACGGCCGCGGACUUGCUGCGUGAGCUGGCAGCUCUGCGCAUGCGCCGCGCAUGUGACCGGAAGCGACUAAAGGUGGUGCAGGCUUCGCUGCCGCAGCAUUUCAUGAAAGACGCCGCUGCUUCUGCCAUGGCGGAGGAGGCCGCUGUGGCAAAGGAGAUGAAGAAGGGAGCCGGCGCCCGCGCCCGCGCCACCGACCCGGAGCCGGAGUCGCCGCACCUGCAGUUCGUGUCUGCAGAAGCGCUGCUGAGGGCUUGUGCGCUGCAGCGGCUCGGCAGGCGAACGGAGCAGCGGCUGAUGCAGGCGUCGCAGCGCAUUGCCGAGCUUCAGCGACUGCUGGACUUGCACUUGGGUCAUUGCCAGCUGAAGGACUCCGAGGACUCGCUCUCGUGGGAGACGGCGCGGAGGUUGACGGCUGAGGGGUCGCAGGGACUGCUCGGCGCCAAUGGCACAUUGAACUUGGCGGGUCAUUUGUGGCGCUCGCCCUACUUGAAUGACACCGUCCUGGAUGCGAACGAUCAGCAGCAGCAGCAGAGGGGCACCUGGGCCGGCUACUCUCGUGGACAGCUGAUGUAUCUUCCGAUAGGGCUGGCGAUGGCGCGAGACGCAGACGGCAACAGCAUCGGUGGGGCUGGAGCCUAUUUCAUGCUUGACGGGUCUGUCAUCUCCGCCGCGCCGUUUGCCCCAUUCUCGACGGCGGCAAGCAAGGGUGGCCAGGGCAGCAACGAGGAAUCGGAGCGGCCUGCGAUGCCGGGUCGCAUCACUCCGUUUGUGGCUGUUAUGGAGUACUGCCGGGGCGUGCAGAUGGGCCGCCCGCUCGGUCGGCGCGCCGGGCCCGUGUAUCUCUUCCAGGACCAUGAAAGCGGUGACUACUACGUCGGCGAUCAGGCUGGCCGCAACGUGCUGAAGGCGGACGACGACACCGCUGGGGAUGCGGUUGGCAUGCGAGCAGAGGCGGGCACGCAACGGCCACUGCUGCCCAUGACGCGCAUUUUGUUCCCAGCGCCGAUGCAGUUUACCGCGGUCGACGCUUCUUCCGUCGCGUCUUCUGUGGCGGCAUCUGCUGCAGCGAGCACGGCACUGCACCCCAUCUACCUUGUGCCCAUGGCGAUUCCUCUCUCGGACGAAGAGGCAGUGAUGCGGGAGGGCUGGCAGGCAUGCCACCGACACGGACACACACGUCGCGACCCCAUCUACUACACGACGAUGACACCCCUUCCGCUCUCGAAAUCGUAUCAUCACGUUGUGCCGCAGCCAGGAAACGCCGACGCCGUCGCUCUUGCGGAGGCGGCAGCUGACGUGGCCGCCGUUUCGUACAAUGAUGACAGCAAUGCACCUGUGAACCGUUACCUUCGCAACCCACCUUGCGUGUUCCAGCCGGCUGACGAGGCCGCUGCAAUGAUGCGCGUGCGCUCCUUGCAGCUCCAGCAGCGCCGCGGUGCUAAUAAAUCCUUUCCCGAUACCGCGGCGGUGGACAGCAGCGCCGCUUGCGCACAUUCCGGCCUCCUAUCGCCAGACGGCACAGCGAGCUCGGCCGUGACCCCAACAUCCACGUUGCCGUCCUCCGUGGGCCCUCUCUCCGGCUAUGCCCUCUCUUCCCCCGAAGCGCAUCUCCUCGGUGCGGUGCCGUUGCUUGCCGCUGACUGGCAAGGGAGUGGAGGCCCAGUCGCAGCCGCGCCGCUUCCUGGCAGCUCCAGCAGCCCCCCUGCGGUACCGUUAGCGCUGCCUCCCUCCCCAGAGCCUGGCACCACGCUGGCCAAAACGGGGCACAACGGCGUGCAACCACUCACCAAGCCCGUGCCUCACACCUCUGCUGCUGCAGCGGCGGCGGCGGCGCCAGCAUCUUCCGCCACGAGCUUCUCCCCUCCCCUUGCUGCAGCACUGGUGCUGGCGAAGGAGCGGCGUUACGCGAGGCUUGCCGAGGAGGCAGAACGCGCCGCACAGGCAAAGAAGCUUCGGCAGGAUUCGCUACGAAACCGAACUCUGACGCGCACGGCACCGAACAAGGAGAGUGACGUUCCACGCGUUCCGCCGCAUCGUCUCGCCCCCCUCAGCGGCAAGCACCCAGGUGACGAGGUGUCGUCCAUGCUACCCCUCCCCGCUGACUCUGCAAGGCUGCAGAGUCAGAUGCGUCCGGCGAAGCUCGCGCUGACGCCGCCUCCGCCGUCGCUGCGGUGGCGGGAGGUGAACGGUGGCGGACUGAAUGCCUGGAACCUCAGCAGCGACGACGGCGACGCGGCGUAG